AAUCGUGGUUCUACAUCCGGUCCGGAAACGAUUGUGAUAAGUGUCAGCAUGAAUUUAAAUUAAUAUUCUAAAAUUCUCGCAGUAGUUCAUCUGUUAUUGACAAUUAAAAUGAGUGAUAACGUGGGGACUGAAGAGUUUGGUCCUUUGACAGCAGCUGAAGAAGCUGAUCCCUCCUCUAAAGCCGAAAUCGAAAGUACGGCGAUUGCUGAUUUAAGUGUUGAAAGCCAGUUGGCUCACUACAAACGCAGAGAACAAGAGCUUUUGGAGCAAAACGCUUUAAAUGAGGACAAUUUUGGUCUUAAAAGAGCCCAAUUCAUGGAUCUAUUUAAAAACACUGAAGCUGAGUUAAAUAAGCAAUCGUUGAUUAAUGAAGAUCUGUUGAAGAAGAGUCAAGAAUACGAAAAAAUUAUUUCAAAACUAGAGCAAGAGAUCGAGGAUGUAAAAACUGCUGCUUCUUUAGCAGAAACAGCUAGAAACUCUGAUUUAGAAGACAUGACUCGAAGACACAAGGAAGAAGUUGCCUCAAUUCAAAUUCUUAUGAAUGACACAUUAGAACAAUUUCAAAGAUCGGAAGAAGACAAUGACAUUAUAGAGCUUCGUAAAAGAAUAGAUGAUUUAGAAAACGAAAAUAUAUCAUUAAAAUCUAAAGUGGAAAAUCGGGAUGGCUUAUUGUCAUCAGUCGCCAAAACCUUUCAAAAGAAAAUAUCAUUGGGUAGUUCUAGUAGUGAACCAGAAAAUCUGGAAGAUAGUAUGAAAAAAGCUCAAGAAAAUGCAGAAAUCUUACGUUCAAUUGUUUUACCAUUUGAAGAAGAAAUCGAGUCAUUAAAAAAACAAUUAAGUGAACGGGAUAAGGAAUUAUGUCGACUAAAAGAAGGAGAGAUAAUUGAUGGUUCGAAAACGAACGAAGGAAUGAAACUGAAUGAUAGCAUGAUCGAUAAGGAUACCUCUGGGGAAGAUGUCGAUAGCCUUAAGAAUAACCUUCAUGAUAUUUCCAGGGAGUUAAAUCAUAUGCAAAAAUUACAUGAUUUAAGUUUGGAAGAAUGGCAAUUAGCACAGCAGGUUUCUUCCACAGAUAUUCAAAGAAUUAUGCAGUUUAUAUCAGAAGAGCAGCAGAUAAAAAUAGAAGAAUCGCAAAAAGAGGAUAAAGGUAGGGAAUCAACGAAAAAUCGAUUAAAUGAAAUACGUGAGGCCAGAGCAAAAUUGGAAAGCGAAGGAAAUAGUAGUUUCUUGAAUCUGAGUAAUCUUGAUCUAUCCACUUCGGAAUCCACUCUGGACACAAGUAAGAAUAUUAAAGAUAGUGCUGAGAAAUGCGCAAAGUGUGGUACAAUUAGUCAGAAAUUAGAGGAAGUGAAAGAAGCUGAAAUGAAGGCUAAUUCUCACGUGAAAACUUUAGAAAGAUAUUUAGACUCGGAAAGACAAGCCAGUGCAAGAUUAAGAUCCUAUGCUGAUGAACUAGAAGAUAAUUUAAAAGUUAAAUCGAUGGAAUUUGAUGAAAGAAUAUGUGCUUUAAGAGGAGACUUUAAAAAAACUUCGGAUGCGUAUAAAAGUCUGCGUCAUCAUUUCAAUGAAAUGAAAAAUAGACUUUAUCUAGAGUUAAAUAAAGUUAAAGAUGAACGAGAACAAGCCGAAAUAGAGCUGCGUAAAUUUCAAGCAGAAAAUGAGUCAUUGCUUGGAAAAUACGGUGCUCAUUCUGCUCAGCUAGCAGAAGCAGAGAUAUCACUGCCCACUGAUCCAAAUGAAAUACAAUUUUAUUUGCUUCAAACUCGUGAAGAGCUCAUAAAAGCUAAAGUGGCAAAAGAACAUAUAGAGGAACAGUUAAAUUCCAAAAUUUUAUUUAUAAAAGAUCAAAUUCACUCGGAACAACUUGAGAGAUCUCGCGUAGAAGAUGCUCUUAAUACCGAAUUGAUGCAAGUAAGAAAAAAAUUAAAAGAAGAAACAGACUCUAAGAAGCAAGUAAUGGACGAUGUCUCUACGUUGAGAAUAAAAGUGUCAAGUUUACAAGAAGAUUUAAACAACAGUGAGUGCGUCCAAAGAGACUUCGUCAAGUUAUCCCAAUCUUUACAGAUUGAACUCGAACGUGAAAGGGCAAAGCAAACGGAAGUUCGUUGGCAAAACGAAGAAGACAUAGACGAAUGUAAUAAAUGUAAAACUACAUUUACAGUCACUAGAAGAAAGCAUCACUGUAGGCAUUGUGGUAGAAUAUUUUGUGCUGACUGUGUUUCUAACACGGUGCUUAGUGGACCUCAAAGACGACCUGCCAAAGUGUGUCAAGUGUGUCAUACUAUGCUUGUGCCUGAAGCAAAACCAUAUUUUAGUCAAGAUUUACCUGAACAAUCUACUUGAUUGUUGGUACAACUUCAUUCUCCCUUUACGUUGUUUUACUUCACUUUCUUUGCAUGCAGAUAAUAGUACUGAGAGAAUGAAAUGAAUGAAAUAAAAGUCAUUCCGUAUUAAUUUAUUUAUAU